CAGUGUUCAGGUGUUGGUCGUUGGUCAGGUCGUGGUGUUUUUUUCGUCGGAUCGUCCGUUGAGAAAGGUUCAGGAUGAGUUUAUACCUGUACGGCGGUUAUACUGGGACGGUUUUCUUCAUUCUGGUGCUUGUUGGAGUGUACUAUGCGCUAUCAGGGCAAGGGUACAGGUUUGACUUUGGCUGGUUCCUGACAGAGACGUCGCCCUACAUGUGGGCAAACCUGGGCGUGGGCCUGACCAUCUCACUGUCUGUGGUGGGAGCAGCCUGGGGGAUCUUCACCACUGGAAGCAGCAUUGUAGGAGGAGGAGUGAAGGCUCCCCGCAUCCGGACCAAGAACUUGAUCAGCAUCAUCUUCUGCGAGGCUGUGGCCAUCUACGGCAUCAUCAUGGCCAUCGUCAUGCUGCAGAUCAUAGAACCCUUCGACGCAGACAUGGCCAGAUACGAGGUCCGCAAGGCCAACUUCAUGGCAGGCUACUCGUUGUUUGGCGCUGGUCUGACUGUGGGCCUGUGUAACCUGGUCUGUGGGAUCUGUGUGGGGAUUGUGGGCAGUGGAGCUGCACUAGCUGAUGCUCAGAACGGCAGUCUGUUUGUCAAGAUCCUGAUUGUGGAGAUCUUUGCCAGUGUGAUCGGCCUGUUCGGUGUGAUUGUGGGGAUCAUCCAAACAUCUAGAGUCAGCAUGGGCAACAAGGCUUAGAUACAUGGCUGAAAAUAUACUUUUUAGUAUAACCUGCACUAGGUGAAUUAUUC